UGCUCCUCUGCUCCUCUGCUCCUCUGCUCCUCUGCUCCUCUACUCUCCAGAAGGGGCCCCUCCCUCUUUCCGGUACCGAGCCUAGCCCUGGAUCUCCUGGAUCUCCUGAAUGCCAUUCCUGGACAUGCGCAAAACCCGGUUCUUGGCCUUGCGAUCCCAACUCGGCCAUAGCCACGAGCAGAUCCGUGGCCCCGGCUCGGAGAGAGGGGGGACGAUACGGGAACGCGCUAAUUGGCCGCCAUGGAUAAAAAAGGGAAUUCGCAUGUCACAGCUCGUCGAGCGAGGAAUGCACCAUUUCUUUUCUGUUUCGGGUCUUGUCACUCCAGAGUCUGGACUGAGACUUGUCUGGCUUGGGAGGGGGCCAGCUUGCCAGGGCCCCGGGAAGGGGAGGGAAUUGAACAUUGAAGGAUUGCAGUCGACAUUGGCAAUCCCAUUGGCCGCACCGGUCGGAGAGCUAGAUGGGGAAAACAUCGCACGUGUCAGUAAACAUCAGCGUCAGCCUGUCGAAUCAGCGUCGCCAAUGCGCGCAAGUAAACAACGAUCGCGACCUUCCCCAGCGACGAGGUUCAGGAGCCCCUGUCCUGGACGGCGAGGAACCCUACUCAAGAGAGCCCUGGCGAGGCUGUGGCGGAAGGGCUGAUGGAAAAAGACUCUGGGCUAAGAUCUCCCCCCUAGCUGCCGUUGGACGGCGAGAUGAGGGCGCUCAACGCCAUCGGAGUGAGCGCAUGUCAUAGGCUCAGAAGCCAGCCCUGUAUCGAAGCCCAUGGAUCUAGGCCGGCCGUCAUCUGAUCUAUCAUCUCUAUUAAUGAGAUCAACCUCGCUCGUCG